AUGUCGGCGAGUUAUUGCCGCGUGCUGGUCUUGCUGUCAUGUGGAUAUAUCUACGGUAUAUCAGACGCAGAUUUUGAGAUCCGCGUGCCGUGUGGCCCCUUCCUCAGAGUUGGACGUGAUGCAGGACGCUCCGUUCAAUUGAGAGGUCUCUACUACAAUACUUCCAUCUACGAUCCAAACACCCAGGAUUCCGUCGAAGCCUACCUCGGGAUUCCUUUCGCUACGAAACCAGUCGGCAAAAAUCGAUUCAGAGAAGCCUCUCUGAGGCCCGUCCAUACCUUGGGUGCGGAAUUCGACGCCACGCAAUGGAAAGCAGGUUGCAUGCAGCAGCCCGGGCUCUUCACGAACGAUAGUAAUCUAUUCAGCGAGGACUGUCUCUACCUGAACGUCUGGAAACGACGAGGGACGGAGAAUGGCGAUCUCAGACCCGUCGUAUUCAUCAUUCAUGGAGGCGGCUACGUCGCGGGAGACGGCCACGAGUUCGAUUGGCGAGGACCCCAGAUGGCUUUUUUCGAGGAUCUCGUCGUUGUGAAUCUCAAUUAUCGAUUGGGAGUUUUCGGAUUCCUGGAUCUGGGUCUCCCGCACGCAGCGGGCCAUCAGGGUCACUUGGACCAGGUGCUCGCUUUGCGCUGGGUCAAACAAAAUAUCCGAUACUUCGGAGGGGAUCCGGAUCGAGUGACACUUUUCGGCGUCAGUGCUGGAUCCUUCUCGAUUUCGUGGCAUCUACUGACGGGCUUGUCUGCGGGUCUGUUCCACGCGGCGGUCAUCGAUGCGGGAGUUCUGACCCUCACACAUGCCGAAACUAAACGAGACCACAUCUUGAGAGCACGCCAGAUGGUGCAAGCGAGCGUUUGUCCGAACUUAAGAAAUGACUCAUCGAAGGAUCAGCGUAGGGAAAUCCUGGAUUGCCUGAUGGGAAUGGACGCGAAGCGAUUGGUCGAGCUCCAGAACGAAUACGGUGUGAGUCAGACUUACACGUUCCGGCCCACCUUCAACAAUGAAAAAUAUCUUCCACGGUCGCCUUCAUGCAUGACUAAUGAGAAAGCCUUCGCCGUGAAUGUCCCGAUAAUUAUCGGCGAUACCACCAAUGAGGGUUUAUUCCUCCUCUCCAAAAAAGUACAUGGUCCUCUGCCAAGUUUUCAGAACUUCGAGCAAGUUCUGGAAUGGGACAUAAACAUUUUAAGAGGUCACCAUGCCGCCGAUGCUGCUCAGUACGGUCCAGAGAACGAGACUAUCAGAGAUAUCUACCAUGGGAGGGACGGAAAUCGAAGCUCCGCAGGGGAAACACUCUUCAACGAAGCUACUCAAAUAAUAGGCGAUGCAUUAUUCGUGUGCCCGGUGAUGAAUUUCGCCAAUCGCUACUCAACGGUUCAACCGAAUGUCUACUUCUACCGUUGGCAACGCCUUCGGGUAGAUGAGACCUUUCCAGGUGAGCGGGAAAAAGGUGCCUACCAUGGCUUGAUGUUCUAUACGGGAGCCGGGGGUCAAUAUCUGUCUUUGUACGGGCAAAUGGCCGAUGCAGACAAACUUUACAUACAGAAAACGAUCAGAAUGAUUGCUGAUUUCGCGUCCGAUCCCGAUGGGGCGCUAGAAUUUAAUGGGACGAGACUCGCACCACAUCGGGCAGACGGCGCCGUGAACAACUUCGAUGCUAAGGGUCUAGAAAUUAUCGCAUCCCAUCCGAAGGCCCGCACUUGUCGGACAGUUUGGCCAAUAUUUGCAACAUCUGGAUGCUCGAAAUCUCCCUCUCCUGAAAUAAAUUAA